AUCUGCUCCAUAUAUUAUAAGUCGGUUUUCUAAUUUCUUUGUUUGUGGAAUUUGACACUCGCUUCAAUGGGUUAAAUUCUAAAUCCUUAAACCCCCUCAAUAAACCUUUGUUCUUUUCAUCUUUAAGGGUUUCAGUUUUAGGGAAUUGGAGCUGAGCUGCAGUUUGUGUGAAGUGAAAAAUGGGGAGAUUAUUUUUGGUGGAUCUUGAAGGUAAAACUUACAAUUGCAAAUUCUGCAAAACCCAACUUGGUCUGGCUGAUGAUCUUGUUUCAAAGGCUUUUCAUUGCCGCAGGGGAAAAGCAUACCUGUUCAAUAAUGUGGUAAAUAUAACUUUUGGACAGAGCGAGGAGAGGACGAUGCUUUCUGGAACGCACACUGUGAACGAUAUAUUUUGUUGUUGCUGUGGGCAGAUUCUUGGCUGGAAAUAUGAGAGAGCCCAUGAGAAAAGCCAGAAGUACAAAGAAGGGAAAUUUGUCCUUGAAAGAGGCAGGAUCAUUGAUGGAGAAGUUGAUUCCGAAUUCUACAUUGAUACUCGAGCAAGCACAAGUGAUGGUGAAGAUACAAUGUAAACAGUGGGAGCUUAGUGCAUCGAUUUGCAGAUCACUUGUAUCUUGUAGACUUAGCAAAAGAAAAGUUGUAUCUUAUCUGGAGUUCUCCUCAAGUUUGUGGAUACAGAAACUAAGUUUCUGCAGAAGUGUUUUAUAAUCGAUAAAGUAAAUGUUUUAAUUAUCUUACAUGUUUUUUGUGUUU